GUUCUUCACUUUCAGAAAUCGAAACCCUCCUCGUCGCCUCUCCUCUUCCGCUCCGCUAUCCACGGUAGAUCAGUAAUCGGGUGGUUCUUUACAAACCAGUCUGGUCAAUGACUGGGACUGUAAAACGACUCUGCCGGUUCUAGUCGAGCAGUUGGAGUCUCACCAUCGGUCCACCCAGCAAUCAAUCCCUCCAUCGGCCGGCGGCGGCCUGGCGAGGGAGUAACCGGGCAGGGGUGACGGGUGUGAGGAGUGGCGAGCGCUGCCGCGUUUGAAAAGAAGAGGGUCAGUUUCUGAAACAACUUUGCGCGCCAUUAAUUGCCCCUGAAUAAUUCCUCCAGAGCGGCGGCGGAGGAGUGAGAAGAUGCCGCACCGAACGAGGCCUAUGACGUCGCUCCUGUUGUUCAUGGGGUUGAACUUGGUGCUGGUCAACACCGUCUCCCCCGUCUAUGAUUUCAUCUGCUUCCUCCCCUACUGGGAGCGCAGGAGAGAAAGCCGUCAAAAGGAGCAUGAAGCUGCUUUGUCGAAGCAUUCAGAAACAACUUAGAAGUUGCUGUUGUCAGUUGGCUAAGAAGUAAUCUCCAAGUUGUCGUUUCCUUCAGAGCUGGUGAUACUUGAAGCACAGUUAGCUGAUAUCUACUUUUAGCUAUUUCUCGAUGCGCGCUGAGCUGAUGAUCAAGCUUCUCAGGUAAGGAAGUAGAUUUCUUUAUAUUUGAUGCAUAAUUGUUUGAGCCAUAUUUUAACUGAGAAAUUAUUGAGUCCAAGGGCUAUUUUCAUUCUUUUUGUUACGGAUGAACGUUCUGAAAAGCUUAAUAGCUUUUUGAAGGAAAAGCUCAGUAACUAGUUUUGACCAUGUAUUUUUUUUUUUGGUCCUUUUUUUGAGUAAAGACUUUGUUCAUUUUUCUCUCCACCACUGGGGGUGUUUGGUAAUUCGAAUGCGAAGUCGUGAGUUGGAGCCGUAUGCGAAGUCGCAACCUCGUGGGACGGUUUCGUGGCUGCGGGCAGCGUAGGCCCCGCGAAAGUCGAGCUCUGCGAUCCCGUCCAAAUGCCGGCGAACUCCGGUUACAGGAACUAGGCCACUUCAACCCUGACUUGGAUCAAAACAAAUACGCCCUUGGUUGGUUUAGAGAUCUGGUUUAAACUCGUUGUGGUCCAAAGAACCAAGUCUAGGUAUUCAUAGUUCAUCUUAUUAUGUUCUGCUCCAUUAGCCUAUUGUAUAAGCGGGGUUUUUCCAAACUCCAAUCUGAAGGUCUUAAAAUUCAAAUCUAGUUCACUAGAUGAGAUUUAUGGUAGUUCAGUAGAUGAGAUUCAUGA